AACGAUUGACAGUUGUGAUUAUAUUGGCGUGUGUUUAGCAUGUCUUAGCGUGAUACUUGGUAUUUGUUUUCCAAUGUGUUUAAUUUUGCAUUAAUUGAUUUGGAAUUUUUAUAUAAAUGAAGUCCAGUGAUAGGGGUCGGAGGAAAAACUGGAAUAAAAUAACGGAGAGAAUUGUUAAAAAUAGUAAGUUUUGAGAGAGGGACAUUACCCAUCAUUGCCCACCCGUUUAUGUUAAAAAAUCAGCAGACCUCUUCAUUACGCAUUUUUAAAGAAGAAAAGAUCUCAACCAGCAGCAGGUGACUGCAUUCAUAGGAUUUUAUUCGGUUGAGCUAGCAAUAAAUCAAAGCCUUCUGCUUCAAAUUUAGGCCCAUUAAGUGUAGCAAUUCAAUCUCAACGAUACGGGCCUUGAUACGAAGAUUAUUUCUGCAGGCGGGAUUAAGGAAGCAAAGAAUCCCAGCUUUCCUUCGUAUGAUUGUGCCAGUAGCAAGUAACGUCUCGCAGAAUGACGAUCGAUCAACGCCUGCCGGACAGUGAUUCAACAAACCAUGGAGUCUCAGGCAAUGGUACUGCGGGAGAAGAUUCAGCUUGUGACAGAACCCUACACAAUGGACACAAUAAUGCCAUGGAAAAUGGUAGUGCAGUUAAUGGUGUUACAGAAAAUCACAACGCGUUGAAGGAAAAAAGAGCAAAUGUCACGACAGUCAACAGUUUUUCAUGCAAAGUCCUUUUGGAUGGUGAUGUUCCUCACAGUCAGAAAAUCAGUGAUGGCGCAACAAAAUAUAAAUACAAGAGCAAUUUUAAAUCCACCCUUUCUCAGCUUCUGGCCACACUGGUGGAGAGUCUCCUGGUUGUCGUCAUGGGGACCCAAUGUGUUAUGCCAACAAUUGUCUUGGGGGCCCUCCGUAACAACCCGGACGAAGAACUGAGUUUGAACGACUAUGAUGCAGCUUGGUUAGGUAGCAUUUUGUUCCUGUGCCAACCGGUGGGGAGUAUCGUAUCGGGAUUCCUGUGCGAGCGGUUUGGGCGCCGAGGGAGCAUGGCCCUGAUCAACAUCCCGUUCAUAGUUGGCUGGAUCCUGCUUCACUACGCCGCCUCUGUCACCGGCCUUUUCGCCGCCGCCCUCGCCAUGGGCAUGGGCAUCGGCUUCUGCGAGGCACCUAUCGCCGCAUAUCUAGGUGAGAUCGGUGAACCUCAUCUCCGCGGCUCUCUGCUAAGCAUCAUGAUCUCCGCCACCUCCUUCGGCUAUCUCUCCACCUACUUUCUAGGAUCUAUCAUGCCUUGGCGUACGUUUGCCCUUGUCAAUCUCAUCUACCCGGUCACCACAAUGAUACUCUUCACGCAGAUCCCAGAGUCACCGGUUUGGCUGGUCCACAAAGGCCGUUUGAAGGAGGCGCAAAAGGCUUUGGGCUGGCUUAGAGGGUUUUUGCAGCCAAAUCAAGUUCAAGAGGAGUUUGACCGGAUGGUGAAACACAUCGAAUCUUCAAAAUCAGCGAGCCCUACCGAAAAGAAAUUAAAUGAUUUUGGCGAAGUUACAUCAAGUGAGAGGUCUGGCAUCAUCGGUAAGCUGCUGCUCCUGAGGGACCCCAUGCUCUUCCAGCCUGUGCGACUGAUUUUCCUAACAUUCGUUUUCACUCAAUGCAUGUGUUUGCAAGCCUUUAAACCCUAUUUAGUCGGCAUCCUUAAAACGUUCCAGUUUCCAGUCAAUCCAAAAUGGGUUCUCAUCAUAAUCGGACUCAUGAGUUUUGUUGGAUCAACCAUGCCGCUCUUCAUCUUCCGGUUCACGGGGAAGAGGAAUCUGAUUUUGUACAAUCAGUUCAUUUGCUGCGUCACUGUAUUCGGCCUGGGUAUCUACUGCAGCUUCUUCAACGACACCCUCAGCUCGGACAGCCCCUGGCGGUGGCUUCCGAUUGUCUUCUUCGCCAUCGUCUUCUUCUCCUCCAGCAUGGGAAUCAUGAACGUCCCGUGGAUGCUCAUGGGAGAGGUCUUCCCCAUCAGGUGGCGGAGUUUUGCCACAGGAAUCUGCGGAGCGUGGGCGUAUUGCGUCACAUUCGUCACAGCCAGGCUUUACCUUCCGAUGGAGAGCGUGCUCUCUUUGAGUGGGAUGUUCUACCUUUACGGCGCCAUCGGGAUCCUAGGAUUCUUCUACUUCUACUUCUUCCUACCUGAGACGGAAGGGAAGACACUUGAAACUAUUGAGUCCUAUUUCACGCCAUACCACGACAAAAAGGAGAAGUUCUCUCGCCCCAAACGUUGAAUCAUCCACCCCCUAGGAAAAUUUUCAUUUUCAUUUGUUCACCUGUUCGGGCUCAGAUUGAGCAACUUCGCAGCUUUAUCUGAUGAAACACCGGAAGGAAGAAAGCGAGUUAAAGUAGUUCGAGUGAAAAAAGUUCAAUUUUCUGAAGGGCGACAGAGUCUCUCAAGCGCACAAACAUCUGUAAAUAAAAGAGGGGACAAAAUACGAAGAAGAUAAUACUCACCUCAAGAAACGUCUUGGAAUGACAGGCAUAAUUUCCCUGGAUUUGAAUCAGUAAUGAUCUUAAAGUUUCAGAUUUUAAACAAGUGCUGGAAUUGUCCAUAGGAAAAACGUGAGGAAUUUUGCUAGGAGGAAAUUUAGAGAGUGAUAUAAAACCAAACUGGUGAGAUAAGUUUGAUGAUCAUCUAAGUUAUGGCGUUUUGAAAGUCGGUCGUUGAAGCUUUUAAAAAAAGUAGAAUAUUGAGAAAAUCGCGUUAAAGCUUUUGACUAAGAAAAAUACGGAUACCUAAGGUUUUCUUUAAGGGAUUUCUUUAUCGCUGACAAAGGACCGUGUUGUUUUGGUCCAACUUCAGAUUAUCUUUAUCGGAACAAUUUUGAAUAUUUCCUGACAUUUUUUGAAGGUUGUUAUUGCAGGUUGUACCUAACAUAUAUAUCGUGUAGAAUAAUGUAUUUAGGACAUGAAUGUAUAUUAGAUUAGACAUAUAAAGCAGAUUAAACACGCAAACCGUAUAAAUUUCAUCAUUAUGAAAAAUUUUCAAAUUUACCUCCUCUUUCAGAAUCUUACCUUUCAUCUUUUCGUUUAAGCGUGGCUACUGUUUGUCCAUGUGGUUAAAAAACUAUUUAAAAUUUCUUUCCGUAAAUUAAAUGACGAUAUAUGGAAAAAUGAUGAAUAAAUGUGUUCCAAAAAAUACGUCUAUAAAUGUCAUUAAUGUGCGUACUUCAUCAAUUAAUGAGGAAACUCAGAAGAAACAUUUUGAAUUUUUGACUUAUACAUACCUGCUAUCAUUUACCAAAAAUAUCGUUUUUAGACUUGCCGUUAAUGAAAGCUAUCUGUUGUAUAUACUUAUCUACCUUAAUGUCCAUUGUAAUUAAUGUACAGAUCUCCAUAUUUUUUUACUAAAUAUAUAAACUAAGAAAACGUAA